AGGACAGACACUUCUCAGCGCGUGCGCACACGUGCGAGAAUAUAUUAAACCGAAAAUAAAUUUUGUCGUCUGUUUUGUUCGCAUUGUGACGGUACUUGCUCGCUUCUGAUUUCGAUUCCUCAGAGCAGAGACAGAGAGGAGAAUUCUCAAAGGGUCUAAGGAAUUUGGAAUUGAUGGCGUUCGUUGACGACGACGAAGAGGAAGACUCGGUUCCUCUAUCAGCAUCGGGUUAUUAUUUUGAAGAUGACGAUAAGGUUCCUGUGUCGUUCGCGCGGCUGCCAAUUCAAUGGAGCGAGAAGGAGAAAGUGGAUGGCAAUGCGGCCGGUUUGUACUUGCGAGGCACAUCUGAUAAUGGCCUUAUGCCUCUGCAUAGGCGUGUUAAGGCUUGGAGAUUCGACCUUUCCAACUUCAGUCCAGAGAUCUCUGUUCUUACGAAGGACAACGUCUGGAUCAAGCUUGAGAAGCCGAGGAAAAGCUAUGUGGACUUGAUAAGAACUGCUCUCGUAACUGUGCGGUCCCUUCAUUUUCUUCGAAGGAAUCCCCAAGCUUCGGAUAAAUCUCUCUUGGAGCAUUUAUCUAAGAGUUUCAAGGCAUUUGAAGUGAAGCCGUCACAGAAUGAUUUGGUGGAUCACUUUGAUUUAAUCGGUGAAGCUGUCAAGAGAGGUGGAAAAUUGGCGAAAUCGAAGUUUUUACUUGCAUUUCUCGCAAAGAAGCCUACCAAAAAGAGAUUACCUGAUGAGGAACACCCAAAGGAUGAUUUCAUAGUUGAAGAUGACUCAACCGUGGCUUCAGAUGAAGAUGCAUUGGAUGAUGAUGACGACGACGAUGAUAUGUUUGAGUCUGUUUGUGCAUUUUGUGACAAUGGUGGCGAACUUUUGUGUUGUGAAGGAAGCUGCCUGAGAUCAUUCCAUGCUACCAAAGAAGAUGGUGAAGAUUCACAGUGUAAAACUCUUGGCUUAACCAAGAUGCAAGUGGAAGCAACUCCGAAAUACUUUUGCCCAAACUGUGAGCAUAAGAUUCAUAGUUGUUUUAUUUGCAAGAAACUUGGCUCCUCUGAUAACUCUACUGGGGCUGCAGAGGUUUUCCAAUGCGUGUCAGCCACCUGCGGCUACUUUUACCAUCCUUCUUGUGUCACAAAACGACUACGCGUAGGAAAUAAAGAAGAGGCUGACGCAAUAGAGACGCAAAUCAUUGCAGGAGAGUUUACAUGCCCAUUGCACAAAUGCAGUGUCUGUAAAAAAGGAGAGGUUAAGACUGACCCUAAGUUGCAGUUUGCUGUAUGCCGGCGUUGUCCAAAGUCCUACCACAGAAAGUGCCUGCCCCGGGCAAUUUCUUUUGAAGAUAUUGAGGAGGACGAUAUAAUUACAAGGGCAUGGGACGGACUCUUGAACAACCGUGUACUCAUAUAUUGCGAACAACAUGAGAUCGAUGAAGAGCUCAAGACACCGCGCAGGGACCAUGUUAAGUUUCCUUAUACCGAGGAGGAGAAGGUUUUCACGUCAGAGAAAAGAAAGAUACCGGAAUCACAUGUGGGAAGAGACAAAGCGAGACCUAAUUUGAAGAAUCUUGCCUCGCGAGACACUUGUGGAAAAGCUUCUGAAAAAUCACAUAGAAGUUCGUUUACUUCUUCAAAAGAUGGUGUCUCGACAAAGAAGCAUGGAGUAGUUUCGUCUGUACCAGAUCAUUUGAGGAAACGAAAGGAAGUUGAUCCAUCCAGAAGGUCUAACUUGGCGCCAAACAAAUCCCAGAAAAUGAUGGAAUAUGGAGAGCCCCGUGAAGCUGGCAAGAAGAAAGUGGAAGUGAAUGAACCACGUGAAGCUGUAAAAAACAAGGUGGGAGUGAAAGAGGCACCCAAAUCUGAUAAAAGCAAGGUUUCUAUUUCUUCCAAGGAGCCAGUAAGUGAAAUUCCCACAUUAGACAAUGACUCUCAAAGGAGACUCUUGGCGAUAAUGAAAGAAUCUACGGAAGAAAUAACCAUGGAUGAUAUAUUAAAGAAAUACAAAGGUCCAUCUACGUAUAAAAGCUCCACAAUGAAUGCUGUGAGCAAGACGAUUACUAUGGGGAAGAUAGCGGGCUCAGUUCAGGCUGUCCAAACAGCACUAAAAAGGCUUGAGGAAGGAGGAAGCAUUGAGGAUGCAAUAGCAGUUUGUGGGCCAGAGGUUCUGAGCCAAAUCUACAAGUGGAAGGAUAAGCUCAAAGUUUAUCUUGCUCCUUUUAUCCACGGUGCACGCUAUUCCUCCUUUGGUCGUCAUUUUACUAAACCCGACAAACUUCAACAGAUUGUAGAUAGGCUCCAUUGGUAUGCAGAAGAUAGUGAUAUGAUUGUCGACUUUUGUUGUGGCGCUAAUGACUUUAGCUGUCUGAUGAAAACUAAGCUUGAAGAAACGGGCAAGAAGUGUUUAUAUAAGAAUUACGAUCUUUUUCAAGCGAAGAAUGAUUUCAAUUUUGAGAAAAGAGAUUGGAUGACUGUAAGGAAAGAGGAGUUGCCACCAGGUGAAAGGCUGAUAAUGGGGCUAAAUCCGCCAUUUGGAUUCAAUGCUUCUCUUGCAAACACGUUUGUUGACAAGGCUCUUGAGUUUCGCCCAAAGAUUCUCAUCCUCAUUGUUCCUCCAGAGACUGAAAGGUUAGAUAAAAAGAAGUCAUCUUAUGUGCUUAUAUGGGAGGAUGAUGCGGUCGUAUCUGGAAAGUCAUUUUACCUGCCUGGAUCUAUCAAUGGCGACGACAGCUGGAAUUUAGUUUCACCGCCCCUUUCUCUCUGGAGUCGGUCCGAUUUUGCAGCCAAGCACAAGGAUAUAGCGGAAAGGCAUAACCAUUUGACUAGCGUUGUGGAGAACUCAAAUUUUGUAGAAGAAGCAGACGCAUCUAUGCAUCCACUUGGAGCUUCUGAUAGGAUAUGUGAUGAUACUCCUACGAGGAGAGAUAAUAGUCCAUUUGAAAACGGUGAGAAUUCCAGAUUGGAAAACGAAGAUGUUCCUAUGGAAAUAGAUGAACUUGAGGUAGCUGAUUGUGUCAAUAACAUUCUGCGCUCUGAGAAAAUCGAAGCACGGGGAACUGUAAACCAUCAUCAGUUAGAUCACUCGUCAAGGAGAAGUCAGCUGGAAAAGGAGAAGAAGACCAAAGACUACUCUGGUAGGAUGCUUGGGAAGUCGGUGGAUUGGAAGAACAAGGACAUGGAUGAGGACCGAGGAGAGUUAAAUAUAAGACCGGAGAGCAGCGAAGUAAAUAUCCCCGAGACGACGCUAUCUGAUAGGCAGAGUCCUGUGAGGUCUUCUUCAGAUGACAUAUUUGCUGUCUGCACAUCAAUCUCCAAUACGACACCGCAAAGAUCUGAUGAGCUUGUGGAAGCAUAUCUGCCUGCAAUAACAAGGAAAAAAAGUAACGUGGGAAAGGAUACUAGAGAACACGUGCCGGACAUUGGAAAACCUGAAGAGAUGCGAAAUCGGCCCACGAGCUCUGUAAGACCCUCUAGAGAAGACGUCUACACUGUUCGUGCAUCACCAGCAAACACGGGUCAGAAACCAUACGAAGCUUUUGAACAAUCUUAUGGUGCAACUGCAUCCCAUUUCAACGACGGUCUUGCUGCUAAGUAUUGUAUUGGUAUCGGUGGAGGCUACAAAAUGUCAGAUCCUCUUCUAAUACCGGAUCAGUUUCCGUUGGCGUCAUCUCUGAGGAAUGGUUCUAACGAGAUGUUUGAUUACCGAGGAUACUCCGACCUCAACAGAGGGGUUAGUCCAAGAGAGUAUUCGCAGCAGUACGGUGGACACAUGGACCCAAUGUUAGCACCUCUUCCUCCAAAUCUGGUUGACAAUGCAUUCCCGUUGCAACAACGUUAUGCGUCUCAUUUUGAUGAAAUGAAUUACCAGAGGAUAAGCUCUUUCCCAUCUCAGACUCCGAUGCAACAACCUAGUGGAAGCAGUAUCUAUGAUCCUUCUAGGCCUGGCUUUCCGUCGCAACCGCCACCAUCUGGAGACUCUGGGAUGACGCCAAUGGGUUUUGCCCCUGGCCCGAACUACCCUUAUAUUAAUAGAUCUGGCGGUUGGCUUAACGACUAGACCAGCUCUCAUUUUCCUUGUAUUUUCAACAUUAGUACUAGUUUGGUUGGUCUUUUAUCUCAUUCUCUAUAGUUGUAGGAAGACUAGAAGAAAUCUAAAAGUUUUUCUCUACCACAAAUAUAUGUCGACUGAGUGGGCCUUUUGAUUAUGUUUAAUAAUUAUGAAAAAAAAGCCAGCUUGUUGUCUUUAAACUUUAUGUCACAAUACUAGACCACGUCAAGAUUAGGUGGUUGCACAUAAUUAGCAAAGUAAAGAUCUGAGAAAUGGAAGAGGAGUUGAGAAACUUAAUUAAGGUAUGGAUCUCUGCCUUAAUCUCCAUCAGUUAUUGUUACUACAUCUCAUCUAGAAUCUCCAAAGGUGUUCUUCGUCUUCUUUUUAUUCUUCCCGUAUGUAUUCUGUUUCUUGUUCUUCCUCUGUUCCUCUCUUCUGCCCACUUUUGCGGCGUUUCAGCUCUUUUUUUCUCGUGGCUAGCAAACUUCAAGCUUCUUCUCUUUGCUUUUGAUCAAGGACCUUUGUGUCCACUUCCCUCAAAUCUCUACCGUUUCAUCUGCUUAGCUUGUUUCCCCAUCAAAAUCAGACAAAACCCUUCUCCAAAUGCGAUCACAAAUCUUCAUCGCAAAAAUGAGCCUAUGCCUAAAUGGGUUUUUGCUGUUAAAGUUUUGGUGUAUUGCGUCUUGUUACAUUCUUAUGAAUACAGCGACGCUUGGCCUCGGUUCGUUGUCUUGGCCAUCUAUUGUCUCCAUAUAUACCUCGAGGUCGAACUUGUCUUGGUGCUUGUCGGUGCCGUGGUAUCUACUCUUCUCGGCUGUGACAUCGAGCCAGUGUUCAAUGAGCCUUACCUAGCCACCUCUCUACAGGACUUCUGGAGCCGCAGAUGGAACCUCAUGGUUUCAGCUGUCCUACGCUCAGCCGUCCACAUACCGGUUCAGCGUUUUUCCACACGCUUUCUCGGUCCAAACACAUCUGUGUUAGUCGGGGUCAUGGCCUCGUUCCUUGUCUCCGGUUUGAUGCACGAGCUGAUCUACUUUUACGCGAUCCGUCUUCCUCCAACUUGGGAGGUGACUUGUUUCUUCGUGUUGCACGGUGUUGCCACCGCCACAGAGAUAGCGGUGAAGAGAACACUGCGGUUGAGACCACCGCACCGGGCUGUCUCGCGUCUUGCGGUUCUGGCGUUUGUGAGCGUGACGGGCGUUUGGCUGUUCCUCCCUCAACUGCUGAGAAAUAAUGUUCAUGAGAGAGCGAUUGGUGAAUGUUUAUUGGUUAUUGACUUUGCCAAACGCAAAUUGUUCAUUUCUUCUUAAUGAUUCUCUUUUUAUAUAUACAAAUAUAUUACGGCUAAUAGCAAAGCAACCAAACUUAGUUAUCUUCAAUGUGUGAAAACGUAUUUAGAAGUGUGAGACACGUUGUGUAGUUAAUUCCUCAAUUACAAAUAUUAACACGUUACUAGCUUGAUUUGAUAACUGAAUUUGACAAAACAUUUUGCUGAUUGUUUAGGUUUUAGUUGUAUUGUGUGCUUGGUCAAAAACCGAAUGUUUAGUGG